UAUUGGUAAUCUGUGAUUAAACAAUGCGAAAGUGAGGUUACAUCUCUUGUCAAACUUUGACAAUUCCAAACAAAAUCACACGUGUUCUUAAACUGCCGAUUGUUACGAAAUAAUUCAGGUAGUUUAGAAAAGGACACACCAAUGCUCUUAUUCGGACAGUUAAUUCGCAAAACUCGACGCGUUAAAUAUCGAAAUGUGUGGCGCAGAAAGGCACACACUAGAGACAUAUUACCCUCUUCAGUUACAAAAAUAUUCAUGCCCAAUCCGAAUAAAAAACGUUUGGUAAUACCCAAACCAAUAGUGGGCAGAACUGAACAACAAGUCACAGGUCCCAGGAAAAAUAAGUUGGGAAUACAGAUGCUUUCGAGAAAACUGUACCAACAAAUCUUUCUGGAAAACCGUCCGGAACGUGUAGACCCCGAAUUGUUGGAGCGUUGUAUAAAAACAUUGAAGGAUCAUGGUAUGCAAUCCAAUGAAGACCAAUUUUUACCAGAUGUAGACCUGAGAAUUCCACCACUGAAAGGUAACAACAUUGAGGAACAUUUUUACAAAAUCGCCAGCGCCCAAGCACAACCUUAUUUAAAUCUUGUCAAUGAAUUGGUGAAAGAAACUCCAACAAUGCCUAAGACAUGGCUCAUGGAACCAGGUUGGACUUGUUAUAAACCUGGAGAGGAACCUAAAAGUGUGCCAUUUCCAGAUGAAAGGGCUUUAGUCUUUGAUAUUGAAGUGUGUGUUAAUGCUGGCAAAGCUCCAACUUUAGCCACAGCAGUUAGCAACAGUGCUUGGUAUGGUUGGGUCAGUCCAACAUUGAUUGCAGGUACUCACAAACCUGUUACCAGUCAUCAAUAUAAUGAAGAAGCACUUAUACCUUUGGAAAGCACCAGUGAGGACAGCCCUUUAAAAAUGACGCCUUUCAUGAAGAAACCAAAGAUAAUUGUAGGUCACAAUGUGUCUUAUGAUAGAGCAAGAAUCAAAGAGCAAUACUGGUUAAACAGCACUGGCACAAGAUUCCUGGACACAAUGAGUCUGCACGUGUGCGUCAGUGGUGUUACUAGUUACCAAAGGGCGGUCAUUAAAUCCAAGAACUUCGACGAAGAAGACGAGUCGUGGAAAGACAACAGCUCAUUGAAUAGUUUGGUGGAAGUGUACAAGUUGUACUGCAAGAAAACAUUGGAGAAAACCACAAGAGAUUUGUUUGUGGAUGGAACAAUGUCGGAAAUCAAAGCAGACUUCCAGAACGUCAUGAAUUAUUGCGCCCGUGACGUACGUGCCACUCAACGAGUUUUGAAGGAGUUGUUCCCGAUGUUUCAUGAGCGUUUCCCACAUCCCGCCACGUUUGCUGGCAUGCUAGAAAUUGGCAGCGCGUAUUUACCAAUAAACAACAACUGGAACAGGUAUAUUUCGGAUUCGGAACAAGCUUACGAAGACUCGGAGAUCGAGGGAAGAAUUCUGUUGGCAAAACGGGCCGAUCAAGCAUGCCAGUUGCAACACGACAACAUGUAUGAGGGCGAUUUGUGGAUGUGGGAUCAGGAUUGGUCUGUAAAAAAUAUUAGGGUUAAAAAGAAAACUUCACAGAAAUCACAGAAAAACAAAAGCGAGGAGCCGUCUAAAACUGCUGAGAACUGUGAAGAAGAUGAGGAGGUUGAUCCCCUAGAAGAAAAAUUCAGAGACCUGUGGGCAACAAGGGAACAAAUGUCUUCGGUUAAAACGUUGCUGCCCGGGUAUCCGAAGUGGUAUAGCAAAUUGUGCAGUAAGCCGAAUACGGACGACUGGGUUCCCGGGCCCAAUUUAAUAAGUACCUCCAUGAAAAUUACCCCUAAAUUAUUAUCGUUGACUUGGGAGGGUUAUCCGUUGCAUUUUAUCAGAGAGAAAGGCUGGGGUUUUCUGAUACCUUUCACCGACGAUUUGGACGUACCCGAUAAGUUGCCACUUAAACAACUGCUGGAGAAAUGCCCACUUCUGACGGACAAGUCUGGAGUUGCCGGCGGCCUGGAUUCUUUUAGCGUCAACAAGGAAGUGGAGAACAAUUUAAUGCGCAAGGAGUUCUAUUCAAGAAUUAAAAAGGAUGGGACUGGGGGACUAUAUAAGGGCACAGGCGUUUGGUGUAACACAGACAUUGACAACUGUUGCUGGUUCAUGAAGCUGCCUCACAAGAACGGUCCGAGUUAUAACGUCGGAAAUCCUCUGGCUAAAGAUUUUUUAAAUAAGUUUUCGGAGCACGUUCUGGCCGGCGACACCGAGAGUGCCGAAAAGAUUUUAACGAUAGCCAGGAUGCUGUCUUACUGGAGAAACAACAGGGAUAGAAUAAUGGAUCAAAUGGUCGUUUGGCUGGACCAAAAUAACCUGCCGAAGAAAAUGAGGGGCGACGCUUACGGAGCGAUUCUACCACAGGUGGUGGUGUGUGGAACAUUGACACGAAGAGCCAUGGAACCGACUUGGAUGACAGCUUCGAACGCCCACCAAGAAAGAAUAGGUUCCGAACUGCGGGCGAUGGUACAGGCACCCCCCGGUUACAAUUUCGUCGGAGCUGAUGUAGAUUCACAAGAGUUGUGGAUUGCAUCAGUGCUAGGAGACGCCAAAUUUGCGAAAAUGCACGGGGCAACACCCCUAGGUUGGAUGACCCUGAGUGGUACCAAAUCAAACGGUACAGACAUGCACAGCGUUACAGCCAAAGCGGUGGGAAUUUCCAGAGAUCACGCCAAGAUUAUAAACUACGCGAGGAUUUACGGGGCGGGGCAGAAUUUCGCGGAACAGCUCUUAAGACAGUUUAACCCCUCCAUGUCUCAAGGGGAGGCCAGAUCAAAGGCCACUAAAAUGUUCAACCUUACAAAGGGUAAACGGACGUACUUUCUAAAAAAAGAACACAUGUUAGACUUCGCGGACAUACCCUAUAACAAAUGGCAGGCGUUUGAAAUCGCCAAAACUUGUGGCAAAACAUUGAAUGACAUGUUCUACGAGUCAAAAUGGGUGGGCGGUACGGAGUCGGCGAUGUUCAACUGCUUGGAAGAGAUCGCGAACGAUCCGGAGCCGAGGACACCGUUCUUGAAAUGCCGCUUAAGUCGCGCAUUGGAGCCGAAAUUUGUGGCGAACGACCGUUUCUUACCCACCAGGGUGAACUGGGUGGUGCAGAGCGGCGCUGUCGAUUUCCUUCAUCUGAUGCUCGUAUGCAUGAAGUGGCUAAUGGGAGACAAAGUACGGUUUUGCUUGAGUUUUCACGACGAGGUUCGAUAUUUGGUGCCAGAAGAACACAAAUACAUGGCGGCAUUGUCCAUGCACAUAACCAAUUUGCUUACCAGAUCUUUCUGUUCCUACAAGUUGGGCUUGAACGACCUGCCCCAGUCGGUUGCCUUCUUUUCGUCGGUUGAAGUGGACAAGGUUUUGAGGAAAGAGAGCAAACAAGACUGCGUGACACCGUCCAAUCCACACGGAUUGAAAAAAGGCUAUGGAAUUGAGAACGGGGAAUCUUUAGAUAUUUAUCAAAGUAUUGAAAAGGCGAAGGCUGAAAAUUCCUUGUUGUUUCACAGGUAUGUCCAGGGCUACAAAACGGAAACAUGUAAUGUUGGAAGUGCUCCAAGAUGACUACUCUCUUCCGACAGAAAACCAACAGAUAGUCAAAGUGUUGCUGAGCAAAGGCAAUAAUUUGCAUGAAGUGGAAGCGACAGAUGGUUCCACAUUUCUCGCCUCCAUGCCCUCGAAGUUUCGCAAGAACGUUUGGGU